CGGAAACCAAGCUGGUGAAAUUUAGCCCUUCACUGUGAAGAAUCACGUGACUUGACUGCCUUUUCUGCUACGUGCCUUAAUGGCCGCCCGCAUCUUGGACGACAUUUCGGUCUAUCGUACUAUACCAUGGGUGGCGUUCAAAGCGGUGAAGACGGUCGUCAUGGAUUCCACGUUCUCAAGGUCAAGGAGAAUUCGCCAGCUUACCAUGCAGGAAUAGAGCAGUUUUUCGACUAUAUCAUCAGUAUAAACGGCCACAGACUUGAUGACGGCAAUAGCGAGUUACUGCAGGAACAGUUUGCUCAAAACGUCGAUAAAUCGGUAGUCUUGGAGGUUUACUCUAGCAAAGAGCAAUCAGUUCGAGAGGUUACUAUCGUUCCUAGCAAAUCCUGGCACACUCCGGAUAAGCCAGAAGAAACUAGCUUGAUCGGCUGCUCUAUUCGAUUUUGCUCAUAUGAAAAUGCUGGAGAACAUGUUUGGCAUGUGCUUGACGUUGCCGAAAAUUCCCCUGCAGAAAUGGCAGGUGUAAUCCCUCACACCGACUAUAUCAUCGGUAGUCCACAUAUGACAUUGCGAUCAGAGGAUGACUUCUAUUCUCUCGUCGAAGAUACUUUAGGAAAGCCACUUCGACUUUAUCUCUAUAACACAGAAUGGGAUAGCUGUCGAGAAGUCAUUAUCAUUCCCAAUCACGAAUGGGGCGGUCAGGGCUCGCUUGGUUGUGAUGUUGGCUAUGGCUUGCUUCAUAGAAUACCUCGCCGGCAACCACAAGUUGCACCCAGCUACGAGAAUAAUCCCGCAGAACACGAAAGCAGUAGCUCUCAAAUGUACAGCAACACCAUAUUCAGCACCCCAGAUUACCAGCCAUCAGAGGAUCCCUCUGGCGCACCUGAACAAUUUGGUAAUGUUGGCUUAGUUGCUCCAACUGAGAUUCAGUCGACAUCAGGUCCAUCAACGUCUUCCGUCAUGGCCGCGCCUGUUGAGACUAAAGAGGCUCUUAGCACUUCCGCUCUUUUCCCAGAAGCAACAAACACGCACUUUGAUGAUAUUGCGAACCAAGAGCCCAGCAGUGUAUCAGGGGGAACGCCAUUGGAAAAUAUGCUAAGUAAGCAGCUCGAGGAAGCAAAGAUUUCAGAGACGGAAACAUCGGUUGGCCAAGGAGGUCAAGAAGCCAAUGAACAUCAUGCACCACAAACGUCGGCUUAGUGGGACUAUCGUUUCAUUUGGAAGAUAACGAUGCUAAUUCACCAUUUCUAAAAGCAAAAACUAUGUCUACGGCUUGCUUCACAUCUCCGUUAUCAAUCCAUCUUUCAUAUUAGCAUUAUUUCAUUAUGUGAAGUGUUCCAUUGUCA